AUGCGCCGCACCGAUCCGUCCUCGGUACUCUGCGGUACCGGAAGCGGCACGGCAGUCGUACAGGGCGACGAGGCGUUUGCAGGUGUGUUUCAAGAUGAUCCCGCCACCCCCGCCGUGCCAGCAACACCAGCAGCAGCAGACAUGCCCGUGGCAUCUCCCUCGUCCUCUAUUCUCUAUACACUCUUGCAGGACCUCGGGCUGACGGCGACGGCGCAAGCCCUGUGUGAGGAACUCCAGCGGCAGCAGUCACACACCGUAACACUAUCGCCUCCCUCCGCCCCCUCCCUGCCCUCGCAGGCGAGCGAAGUCUUUGUGUCCCUGCCCCACGGCAACGGAGCGACAUCCCCCAACACCCUUGGUGCGUCACUGCUACCACAGCACACAGAAGAUGUAUCUCCCACACGGAAGACCCAAGCCCCGGCAUCCGCCUCCGUAGAACCUCUGCCAGCCAGCGUGGCAAUGUCGUCCACGGCGACGGCCGCACAACGUUCGAAUCGCGUGUCAGCCAGCUCGGACCCCGCCGGUGACGUCAGCGUGGAACUUCAGCGCAAGGUGCAGCCGUACUGUCAUGUCUCUCAGUGCACAAGGGCGGUCGCAAGUCUUGCGGCCUGUGCAGCCGAGCCCCUUCUGGCUCUGUCGCCAGCUUUUCCCUCCCCUCCUCUCUCCGCCUCCGCCUCCGCGGCCACUAUCGCCACACCGUUGCAGCUUGUGGACACGCUGACAACGUUAUGGCGCGCUGAGCUGCGCGCCGCCCUCCCGCAUCGCGCAGGCUCUGGGAUGGCCGACGCAGCCGCGGAAGCCGGGGCGCAAAGCCAUCGAGAUGGAGCCUUCCAAGUUGCCGCUCUCAUAGCACGUGCGGCAUGGUGUGAACUGCGCAUCACGGAGCUUGUCUUCAUGCAAGAAUUGCAUCUCGCCCACACCUCCGCCGCGGCGACUGCUCCGUCUGCAGCAGCGCAGCCACUGCAGGAGGCCCAGCGUGAACUUGUGGAGGUUGCUGGUCAGCUGGUGACGGCGUUGCAGGAACUACGUGCCACAUGCAGCGCUGCCGUAGCGCAGCAGUGUGGUGUGUCUGCUCCUCCAUCUGGCCCCUCAGACGCUCCUCCCACCCAUGUGGGUCUCGUGAUCGCCUCCUCGAUAGUAUCCCGCCUGCACAGCAAGUCCAUUGGUUGGCUGCGCAACGCGGAGUGUGUCAUGGCGUGGGUGCUGCGUCGCCAUGGCGCCUUUGAACCAUCGGCGGAUACCGCGCAAGCGUCAUCGAGUGCGCAGCAGCAGCAGCAGCGCAAGCGAAGGUGUCUCGAGGCUCACUCGACAGCCACAUCUGCUGAACGCUCGUCUGACUCUGCGUGCAACAGCGUCCCUUCGCCACUUCUGCAACCUCUACAGGAUAUCAUCCUGGGCCUCUCUACUGCCACCUCAGCGCCUGCGCCGUCCUACCAGCAGUGCCUCGAUGCCGAGAUUGCGCGGUCGGCAGCGGCGCUGGCGAAGAGCGGAGUGGCGCGACAGACGGACCCGACGCCGGCGGCGGUUGAUCACGAUGCGUGUGGACUCUUCGCCUCCGUUCGCAUCCCAAUCACCGUGCGCGUGGCGAUGACGGUCCAGCGCGUGAAGCUGCUGCACACCUUGGUCGGUGCGCUUGUGUACAACGGUGACGACUCCAUCCUCUGCACGUUGGUGGUCUUUGCCGCGGAUCGGAUCCGCCCUUGGUGGACUCGCCAGAGCUCGAUGUUGGCGCAGUUCCUGGUCCAGUGUGCGCACCAGCUAAGUAACAUUUUGACGUCGUUCCUCGUGCAAUCGUCUGCUGGUGCGCAGGCCACACCGCCGCAGCGGUCGCGACUCCUGUCUGCCGCGUCCGAGACGGUCGUGCUUUCCCUGCGAGAGCAGCUGGAGGCGCUGGCAAAAGAGGUGCUGCUCUGUGCAUGCCCAGUUGCGAACAUCGCACUGCCAGUACCGCAGGACAGCCGACUCGCUCUUUGUGUGCGCCUGAUGAACGCUCUCCAGCAGGCGCACGAUACUCGCUCGGCGCGCCUGGAUCGGUAUGUGCUGAAAACAUGCACCGCCGCAGCAGCGAACACCGCGAUGUCAGCCAACCUCGUCUUCAGCCCUCUCUCCAGCGCCAGCAGCCCAACGUUCGAGAGCGAAGGAUCGCCCGUCACCUCCCCUGUGUGGACCGUGCGCGUGCCGAGUCCGCCAGGCUUGGAUCUGCGCGGGGCAGCCGAGCAGCCAACGUCCUCGACGCCGGUUCACCGGAGCAGCAUUGCCAGCGACACCAGCAGCACGUUCGACUCGAUGGAGGCCGCUCGAACUGCAGCUCAAGUCCUCCAGUGGAAGCCUCACUUCAUCCAGCUCCUCGCCACCAUUGCCACGGGGCGCUGGCAGGCACAGCAGGAUGCGCCACAGGCACCCUACCCCGGCUCCCGCUACCACCGUUUGCGCCUCCGCAUGAGGGACGCCCUGCGGCACGCGCAAGAGCUGCUGCGGCUGCAGCCGCGCCUUCAGAUUGGCGCGCGCGGUGUCGUCUAUCCACCCCACCCAACCGCCGGCAGCGACCCCGACGCCGGUGUCCCGCUCUCAGUGGUGGAGCAGAUGCCGCGCAUGCUGCAACUGGCCACCCUGCAAGACGCACGUGUACUGCAGCGGCGCUUGGAGCGUCGACUGACUCGAGAGACAAAGUAUGACGGGCAUAAUGCAGCACCCACAGAGACCAGCACAAGCAUAGGGAGUAGCGGUGAUGCAGCAGCGGCUCCAGUGGCGUCGUCGAUGCGUCGGGGCGGUGUGUCGCCCCCGUCAGUCUCACAGCCACGGACGACUGGGCUCAAGGUCAACGUCGGCACAAGCGAGUAUCGCAGCGCCACUUCCGCAUUGGCUGCAGCCACCUCGACGGCGCUCCGGCGCCCCCACAUCACCACGGAGGCAGAGGAGCCCGUGGCGACACAUCGGGUCGCGUCCGGCAACGAAGGGCAUCCCGCCACGUCUGGCAGCGCGAGGCCACUAGAAGGGCAGAGAGCCACCAAUGUGCGCAGCCCUGGGGCGUCUACCUCGCCGACCCCUGAGCCAGCCGCCGUGGGGGAGGACCAAGAGUCAUCACAGCGACUGCCAGUGCCGUCGGAGGUGAUGCCCAGUGGUAGUGAGAUCAGUAGCCCCGACGAGGAGGCGGGCUCCUCUGCCUCUGACGUGGCGGCUGCCGCCGUGGCCGCCUCGUCAGAGCCGCAGUGGGAGAAUGACGAGGAGCAGGACGAGGAGGAAGAUACAGCAGAGGACCCGCAGCUGGACCGCUGGCACUUGCACGACGAGGAGGCGCAAGACGAGAUCGAAGAGGUCGACGAGGAAGACGAGGAGGAGGACGCGGAAGAGGUCGGGUCCCAGGCGUCCUCCGCCGACAUGGACUACGAUCGUGCCGAGGAUGACAUGAAGGAGGAGGUGGAGUGCGUCGAGGCGACGCCGGAUGGGCGGCUGCUCGCACUGCUCACUGCGCGUGGCCGGCUCAUGGUGCUUCGGCUGCAGCCCCACGACUCGACGAGUCACUACGAAGAGGAAGUGCUUAUCGACGCAAGCCUCCCAAGCAUGCCAUCGCGUGAGAAGCGGUUACAGUGGUUCGAGUCACUAAGCUCCUUCGCGCACUUCUCUCCGUGCCACCGCUUCGUCCUCGCCGCCGUGCAGUUCGCCCCGGUGGAGCUGAAGCCGAACUCGACCUGUGCAAUGGCCCGUGCGCAGAGUGGAAGCGCUGGACAGCUCAACAUCUACUCGCUCCACCGUGAAGACGACGGCGAUGAGACCGGCAGCGAUAGCCGUGAUCUUGAGCAGGAGGACCAGAGCAGUGCGUCGCCAGCAAUCAGUGGCAUCCGCGAGCGCCUUCGCCGCCUGGUUGGGCCGGCCACCGACCGGCUCUACGCGACCUUCCGUCCUCACGACGGGCCCUGUCUGUCGGCGCGCUGGGUAGACACACGCUGGUGGGGAGGCGGUCGCCGCAGCCGGUGGGCCAACAGCGCCGUUGAGCCGCUCAACAGCACGAACGCAGCAGCGACGGUGUUGAUGCAGUGCGUCAAGAUGGGCGAAGUGGCAGGGAAGAGCGUCGGCGUCCUCCCGUCUGCCAAGGGCGCGACGUCGGAGCAUAGGGCGGUACCGAAGAGUUGGCGUGCAGCUGCUGGCGUGCUGCUGAGCGAGUACCAGUGCGUCUCCGUCGGCAUGGACGACCUCAUUCUACGCUGGCUGCCAGCCUGCGGGGUGGUGUUGCAGCGCGUUUUGACGGAACCCGUGCAGGACAUCAUCGUGUCACCGCUCAUGGCGGCCUUCUACGUGGCAAACGACAGCGGCGACCUCUACAUGUACGACGCGUGGGAUGAGCGCAACGUCACGGACGGCCACCCCUGCAGCGCCAGCGAGGAUGCAGAUCCGUGCAGCAUGUACAGCAAGAGCCUGAGCACCGUGCAGACUCACCGCCUUGUCCUUCCCGUUACGGAGGAGGGCCACCCGCGCUUUCACCGUGUCGGCCGCACGCUGCAGCACCAUCAGCCGUACGGCCACUCGUCGGUCUCGGUAUCACCGAGCUCACGACCGUCACAGCAGCCACAGCAGCAGGACCGGUCCCUGCAUCAUGAAACGCUUGACGACUCUGAUAUCAUUGACCAAGUGCACUCCAAUCGCUCCUCCGCGCACUACACCGGUCCAGUGACGCCGGUGUUCCAGCGAGUGGUGGACCCGUCGAGGGGGUUAUCAGGAUUGCCGCAGCACGCCCCCUUCCACACUCACCAUCCCUCCUUCAGCGACAACACCGCGGCAGCGCAGGAGGGCUUCUCCGACGACGACGAAAACGACGGUGCGCAGGGAGAUGAGGCCGCCCCGUCGCGCCUUGCAGGAAGGUCAGCACAGGGCAGCAGUCACCGCAGAAGCAGCGGGCAGGCGAAGACAGGCACCGGCAGUGUCGGAUGGACAGGACUUCCGCGGCACCUGUGCUGGCUGCUGCCGCAUCACUGGGCGCCGCACACGCCGUGGGACGCGCAGCUGGGGCGCCGGAUCAUACGGAAUCUGCUGCGGCAGACGCACACCACCACUCCCACUGACACUGGUGAGCUGUUCUACGAACGCAACGAGGAGACCGCAGGCGUCGCGGCGGCUUUGGCGGUGGCCAGUGAUGAAGCCAACCAACCCUCGCUGACAGACGAGCAAGGGAGCCCUGGUGACGCGCAUCGUGGUCGCCGCCCCGGGCACCUGUACGGUGGAAGCGGAGACGCAGAGGGCGACGCGCAUGACAGAGAGGAGGCAACGUGUGGCAGUGGCGGCGGCCAACAAGACGCUUCCUCCGACGAGGACGGCAGUCGUGACAGUGCGGAGCGGGAGUACGUGUACACGACCGGUGCCGACUACGAUGACGACGACGAUGGCGCUCGCCGUCCGCUGCCGUCGCACAUCAUUUACGGGGGCGGCAGCAGCCACGUCGCAAGCGAAGCCACCGCUGCAGCAGCGGCGGCGGCGAAAGGGGUACCAGUCUCCGUGCUUGAGUGCGCUGCGCACCCGACGCCCGCACGCGGACCGCUUCAGCGCGCGUACUACCCCAGUGGCGCCUGCCUCGUGUAUAAGAGCGUCGCCAAGGCUCUCUGCAACGCCGGCGACCUCGCGGAUCGCCAGACUCAGAGCGAGAUGGGACCCGGUGGGUCGACGCAUCAUCUGCUCUCCAUGGCCUUCUCUGGCGAGCCGCAGUGGAUGUCAGAGCAACGGCUGUGGGAACGUGAGGCAGAGGAAGCGGGGGCAACGCAGACGUGGCAGCGCACCCCCCACCCAAGCGGUUCAGCGGCCGACUACGACUACGGCGACGCACACGACGGCUCACCGUUGCAGCAGCGCGACGGCGGCGCUGGCGCCGACACCUUCAGCAGGCCGUCCGCCCCACUCACGUUGUGGUCAACCGCGGCAUUGGCUCGCGUGCUCCUGUGGAAGGACUACUUCCGCUCCUCUCGCCACCUCGCUGGACCAAAGGCGGAAAAGUGGGCGGAGUGGGAGUCCGACGUUCUCGCCACCACGUAUCACGCGGACGUGUUGCCGCCGUCGUACACUCGCCAAGCAGGGAGCUCGAGAGAGCCACGAUGGUCAGCGGCAGAGUUGCUCGCUACACGCGGAUAUCUCGGCCCUCGUGACGCGUGGCGCCGCUGCGCACCUGCAUCACAGCGCGGCUUGGCCGCCACCGCCCGCAACGGCCGGUACCUCUGCAUCAUGGCCUCGGUCGGUCCGUACCGCAAGCUGGUAAACCCCCGCGAGCCGCUACGCGACAUGGCUGGCUUUUAUGCGUGCGCUGUCUUCGACGUCUACGCUGGAGCCGUGCUGCGCGUCAUUCCGGUGUGUCCGACAGAUCUCAGCGGGCUGCGCGGGCGGUGCAUGUGGACGUCGGAGCGGCACGAGAGUGACCCCAAGGCACCGAUUUAUCGUCUGCCGUGCGCUGUGACGGUGGUGCCGCUGCCCGCCUCAUCCGCAACAAUGGCAGCUGCAGGGAAGGGCGCGAGCGGGUCACCAACGGGGCUGCCGUCGAACAGGAGCGUGACGGCAGCACUUUGCGACGAGGGUGUCGUUGGCGACGAGGAAGACGGCGAGCCGGCAGAAGUGGUCAUGCUCACGGUUGGUGGCCUCGGCAACUGCAUCUAUGUUUUCGACGCCCUCAGCGGUCGGCGUCUCGUGUGCGAGGCGGAAACGACGCGCCACUGUGGCGAGUCUGCCGCGGCCGCGUAUGAGGCGACUGCACGGGUGGCCAAAGCGCGGGCGAAAGCCCGGGGCGCGCGAUCAGGGAGCGUGAGGUCAGACUCUAUCCCUGUGAUGCCUCACAUACCGGCGACUUCGGCGGCCGCGCCAACUGUCCCUUCGGCGCCACCGACGCUCUCCGUCACCGUGACCUCUCCGAUUCUCCCUGCAUCGAUUCGGAAGCCGGUGGACGUGCUUGCCUCGGUCGCGGCGUGGGGUCGUGGCACCGGUUUCGAUGGCAUCACAGACCCUUCAUCCUCCACCGCCCCCAGCCCAGGCCCGUCACCGAUAUGUGGGAUCGACGGCGGUAUGGGCGAAGACAGCUCCAUCGAUGUGCAGCCGGUCCAUUCCGCCCCCGAAGCACAGGCAGCAGCAGCAGCAGCUUUGGCCGUCUCCGAGGCGGUCGCCCAAACUGGCGCGCCAGUGCCGUGGCUACUACAGGGCACCACCUUCUCGCAACUCGGUGGAUGGCAUCUGCGCGGCAUUCUCUGGUGGGUCCACGAAAACCCGCAGCCCUCCACGCUCUAUAGGGGCGACGAUGGCGGGGCGGUGGUCGAGCAGGAUGCGAGGUGGAGCCAGGGUAACGCCUCAUGGGGCGAAGCGGGCACGCGUGCAAAUGGUGGGGGCAUGAACGGCAACGGUGACACCCGUCCCGCGGCCGCACUCUCGCGAGGCGACGCGACGAACGGGGGCGCUGCCAACAACGUCGCAGCCCCGCCCUUGUCGUCGGCCCCCCAUAUGUCGGCGGCGAGCUCUGCGUUGUCCUUCUUUUACCAAACGCUGCUUGGCGUGUCAGGCAUGACGGGCAGCGGUGCAGCGCCCCCACCCACGGACGCGUCUGCCACGUCAUCUCAGCUGCAUUCUCGACAGCAGCACGCGGCCGGGUCGUCGUCCUCGACCCUCAGCGUGGCAUAUCCCUCCUACGGCUCCGUGUGGCGGCAGCGUCGCCACCGUCUGCUCGAGCGGCUGCUGCGCCACUACGACGUAGGAAUGCUCUGGCAGGCGUACGUCACACUCUUCAGUGCGGCGACGACAGCGACGAGCUCACUGGCGCCGCAGUCGGCGGUCUGCGCGCUCGUGCAGUGGGCGCUGUCGACAGACAAGGCGGCCACAGCCGCCGCUGCUUUGCUAGGGUCCUCUGACAGCCACACUCGAUGGAUCUGGUGCGUAACCCAUGCCUCCCGGGCAAGCUCCAAGGGUCCCUCCGCGUCAUCGAAGCAGCUGCGCCUGUCCGGAAACACAGGGAAGCACGCGACGACGCGCAGCCGGGACGUCGAGCACGUUGACGUGGGCAGCGGAGGCGCUAGCGGUGGUGCAGGUGACCGCAGCACUGUGCCAUUCGCGCAUAUUCUCCAGCAGCGUGAAGACUUCAUGAUUGAGCUACAGGCGCUGGAUACGCAGCAGCAGCAGCAGCAGCAGCAGGCAACGGCGGGCGCGGCAGAAGCGUCGCCGACGCGGUCAAUUGUCAGCGGCCACGCGAAAUCGCUCCUCUUCGGCGUACGUGCCCAAGCCAUGGCGGAGGGCAUGCUUCCCAUCACGGCAAAGGGCCGUGCGGCGCAACAGCAGCAACGAUCCGCCGCAGCGGCUCAUGAGCUGUCAUCCUCUGCAGCGAUCAAGCUGCCGCCCUCGCACCACCAAAACCAGCUGCACGUGGAUGUUGUCAACUGCGUGGCAUCAUGGUUCGACGCCAACGGCGGCUUCUACGUUUGCUGCGGCUCUGAGGAUGGAGGGCUGUACAUCAUGGGCGGCCACAUAAUGGAUUAG